AAAUAAAAUUCAACACUGAUGAUUUAUGGUUGUGUUAGGAGAUUGGAGAAAAUGAAUGAAGGAUUGCGUUCCCUCUAUUUAAUCAUGUCUAAGUUGUGUACUAUAAUCAUAUUAAUUAAUUAAUUAACACCUUCUGAAUCUAAUAAGCACAAAUGGAACUUCCAAGUAUUUGCAAGCUUUGCUUUGCAAUCUUCAUCCUAAACGCUUCAUUGUUGUUCCUCGCAGCAGCAGCAACACCACCCUCGGACUCAAACUUGUUCCGAGAAUACAUUGGAGCUGAGUUCAACAAUGUCAAAUUCUCAGAUGUUCCUGUUAACUCCAACGUUGACUUCCACUUCAUUCUCUCCUUUGCCAUUGACUACGAUACUUCAUCUUCUACUUCUCCAACCAAUGGAAAAUUCAACAUCUUCUGGGACAAACAGAAUCUUAGCCCUUCCCAAGUAUCUUCCAUCAAGUCCGACAACUCCAAUGUCAAGGUAGCACUUAGUCUCGGCGGCGACAGUGUUAACGGCGAAUCUGCUUACUUCAAUCCAUCUUCGGUGGAUUCAUGGGUUUCCAACGCAGUUUCUUCGCUCACAAGCAUAAUCAAGGAGUACAACUUAGAUGGAAUCGACAUCGACUACGAGCACUUCAAAUCAGACCCUGAUACCUUUGCUGAAUGCAUUGGAAAGUUGAUCAAAACUCUCAAGGAAAAUGGGGUGAUCAAAUUCGCUUCUAUAGCUCCGUUUGACGACGAAGUUGUCCAGAAUCACUACAUGACACUGUGGAAGAGUUAUGGAAGCUUGAUAGAUUAUGUGAACUUUCAGUUCUAUGCAUAUGACAAAGGAACCACAGUGGAUGAGUUCAUAGGGUACUUCAACACACAGAGUUCAAACUAUAAUGGUGGGAAGGUGUUGGUGAGUUUUAUCAGUGAUGGGAGUGGAGGGUUGUCACCAGAUGGUGGAUUCUUCACUGCAUGUAGCACUCUCAAGAGCCAGCAGAAACUUCAUGGUAUCUUUGUCUGGUCUGCUGAUGAUUCUAAGGCUAAUGGAUUCAAAUAUGAGAAGCAAUCACAAGCACUUUUGGCUAUUCCUCAUUAGAUUUUAUGUAUAUAUGUCUUCAUUGUAUUACUAUAUACUUUCUAUGUAUGUAUUUGUUUCCAGAGUACUAUUUUAAUAAAAUGGUAUUUUAAUUUC